CUCUGUAUAAAAGAUUGAACAAGUGCUUGCCUAGGUAUCAGUCAGUUCUAAGUCGUCUCCUAGUGCGAGCAAUCUGCCAUUUAGAAAACCAUCAUAAUGUUUAGCAAAUUGAUAGUACUAUCAGCUCUGGUAGCAAUCAGUUUAGCUGCCCCACAAAAACGGUUUACGCCAGGAGGUCUGGAAUCACAAGCCGUAAUUCUGUCCCAGGACCAGAACCUUGAACCAAAUGGCGCAUACAGCUACCGAUACGAAACGAGUAAUGGAAUAUCCGCCCAGCAAACGAGUUUUGAUGGCGCAAACGGUGCAGGGGACUACUCCUACACAGGCCCUGAUGGAGUACAAUAUAGAGUACAGUACACUGCUGAUACUUAUGGAUUCCAGCCUCAGGGAGCUCACCUUCCCGUUGAACCACCAGUACCAGACCAUGUCCUGAAGGGAUUGGAAGAUAUCCGCCGCAGCCCACCAAAGGACCCUGGAUUCAAUUUGGCUGCCCUUGACGCAACCAUUGCUCGGCUUCGUAACACUCUCGGCUAACCGAAUCGAACAAUCAAAAUCGCGGAAAUUGUUGUCAAAUUCAGUUGUUUGAAAACAAAGGAAUGAAAUGCUUAUUGUUAUUUAAUUACUGUCAAUAAAUCGAAUCGCUUCAACUGCCA